UUGAAAAAAAAAGCUUCGGGUUUUACUGCUGACAAAGUUUGUCCUAUCCCUAACGCCGUAUAUCCUCCGUCACGUGACCACGACCAUUUCCUGUUGCCAUUGUAAUACACUUCCAUAUUUUCUGCCUCAAGCAGCAACGGUAAUGUAAACUGCAGCGUCGAAACUGUAACUGCCGUGUGAUCUCCCCCGCACACACACAAAGUUAGUUUAACGUCUGCCCACGUCGCUACAGCCAGCAGAGGUGUCGGACCGGCGGCGGGAGGGGGGCAACAUGGCCAACUGUGUGGCUUUCCAGAGCAAGUUAACCUCGAUCAUGGAGAUGCUAGCUAAAGCGGCCGUGGUAGAAAUCAGCAAACUGUGGGAGGACGGCUUCGCCUUCGUGCAGGUCGAGCUUCGCCGGAGAGAGGGCGAGAUUGAAGCCCUGAACGCAAAGUUAAAACUGAUGGAAAGCGAGCGGCGGUCGGUCCUGUCUCAAACUCAGACUGCAAGCCUGUCAUCAUCAUCGUCUUCCAAGAGAGAGCAGCAGAACAAGCUGCUGCCGCCCACCGGUGAUGGGCCGAUUAUAGAUUCAGUCCAGACGCUAUGUUCUGAUCCGAGUAUUGCGGACAACUCAGCGAAUCACAGGACACCACCACCACCACCCACUCAGACAGAAGAGAAGCACUGCGAGCAGCUCAAGUCUGACCAUUGUGAACGUGACGACAUGGACGAUGAGGACUUAGUAGUCAAGCUGGAGGAUGAGGACGAUGUGCAGAUUGUGGAGCAGAUAGUGGACUCUGAUCACGGUGUUAAAGACGGAGCAGGUCACCAGGAGAUGGAUCUUAACCAUCAACCCCCUGAGGUCCUGGAAGAACAGGAGAGCCAGCAAUGGACGUCUGUUUCAGUGGGAGACAGUGACACUGCCGAUGACUCGGACUGCUUCUUCGAACCAAAGCAGCUGCCGCAAAAUCUGGACUCAGAAAUCCUGCUCAUUCAAAAUGCUUUGGAUAUUUUUGACAACUCAGCAGAGCCAGCAUAUUCAGACAGGUUUGUAAGGGAUAAUGGACAAGGUGCAUCGAGCAAAUCAAGGGCUUCUUUGACUUUUAGCCAAGCUCAGCCAAGUCAACCUGUAGAAGCAAUAAAUCACCCAGAGAGAGGAGUGUCCAUCAGAUUUCUCUCAGAGAAACAACCACAAACUAAAAACACGUCGGCUUUUAACCCAGACAGCAGAUUCUUUCUCUUAAACGACCCCGAACUUCACAAAACUAUAGCAAGUCGCCGCAUAAAGGAAAAGUGGUUCAUCUGUCCGUUCUGUGGGAAAAGCUUUGACCGCGUCAGCCAUCUGGAGAUUCACCAGCGAAUUCACACAGGAGAGAAACCAUACACAUGCGAUACAUGUGGCAAGUGUUUUUCUCAGCGGAGUAACCUUCGCACUCACCAGCGGACUCACAAAGAGGCUCUAUCCCAAAAUGUAGUUUGAUUUAAUAUAUUCGAAAGAGUAACAAAAGCUAAAAUGAUCUCUGUGGCAUUUUAUGUCUAGAAUAGUUAACAAAUUCUCUUUGUAUUUUACUAUUAUCGAAAAGUAAUGUAGCUGACUAAUUUUACUGUGCACUCUUUUUUUUUUAUUGUAACUUUGACAUAGCUUGGAUUGUAAGAACAAAAUUUGUUACUUGUGUGAACUCUUUGUAAAUCCAGCCAGUAUAGAGAUUUAUAAAAACAUGCAGGGACAGCAUCAAGCUCCAAGGACAAAGCUGAAUAUUGAUUUCUUAAGGUGACAGAAAAGGAUACAAUUCCUUCUUCAAUAUCUGACUGAUUGAUGUUGUGUCAUUGUGGAUCAGAAAGGGUUGGAGAACAAACCUCCAUGUAUGAUCACUGUAGACCCUCUGAUAUACCUUAGCAUUACUAUUUUCUUAGUCCAUUUUCAGAAUCUAAAUGGGCAAAAAAUAAUCAUUUUCUAACUGAUUUCCCAUCAACGGAUGGAAAGUGGACAUGGGACAAUCACAGUGCUUAGAUAUUCAGGCUGAUCCUACAUUGUGGUCCUUGUAAUACUGCUGAAAUGAGAUUCUGUAAGUUUUGUCACAGGUACAUUUCGUCAGUGUCAAUUGUGAGGCAAUAUCGUUCCUUUUGUAAAGGAAAGUCACGUCUGUCUUUUAGAAAAGGAAGCAGUGAAGCUCCUCUCUUUAGCGUUUUUAGAAUUCAGUGUUAUAUCAUUACAUUAUAGCUGCAGCUUUCAUACUUCUGGGUCACAGUUAGGAGCUUUCUAAAUAAGAAAAUACUUGGUAAACAUUCAGUAACCUCCUCUUAAGCACUCCCAGGGGAUCCCAAGGUUCUCCAUAACACACUGGGAGAUGUAGAUCUUCCUGUACGUUGUCUCAGGUCCAACUCAAGGUUUCCCUGUCAUCCAUACUUGGUUCACGUCCACCUUAAAUAUCAACAUUUAAUACAUCUACUCGCUCUCUUAAUACCACUCUGAUGUCUGUACAGUAAAUGUGAAGCUACAGCCAGCAGCUGGUUAGCUUAGCUUGGCAUAAAGACUUGAAACGGGGGGAAAGGGCUAGCCGGCUCUCUCCAACAGAACAGAACAGAAUCCAGCUCCUCUAAAGCUCACUAGCCUCAUAUUUACCACCCUGACAUGAGAGUGGUAGUUAACUUCUCAUCUGAAUCUACUGAACUGAUCACCCUGUCACACAGAAUGAGAAAAGCCGCCCUGUGAAAACCCACUUUUUAAAAACUUGUAUCCACAAUCUCAGUUAUUUCUGUCACCACUGAGCCAAUGAGGAUGUGAAGGUAAGAACAAGGAGAAACCAGGAAAUCACUACAGUCUAAUGCAGCAGCUGCGAUCAGCCUCGUGAUGCCCUUUAUCCUCGCACAAGGUGAAACAAGCUCAACCUUGUCCCAGGUUUCACUAAAGAACAAUUACUUUGUUUUUAAGAUUGCAUAUGCUAUUCUUUUAUGAAUAAACAUUUCGGCAUUUACAUGUCAGUUUUUUUUUUUACAGUUUCAUAGAAAACACAAGAGGAAUACAAAACAAUUUGCACACAACUAAUGGUCCUUUAAGUUUAUCUCCUGCAUGUUUCAUCCAGUUUCUUCAUUGCGGUGCACUGACAGUUUAAUAAUAUAGUUUAAACCUGCUCAUGGAAACCAGUUUCACCUGUUUUAUCCACGAACAUGUGCCAGUUUUCUAUGUGUCUACAGCCUUUUUGACCUUUUUGUAGUUGCAGGUAACUGUUACUAACAUCAUAAACAUGCAGGAGCUCUUAUAUAAACUGUAUAUACAUAUAUAUAUAUAUAUAUAUAUAUA